CAUGAGUCAAAAUAACUUUUACUCCCUCUGAGAUCUCUAUUAUUGCCAUUUGCUCAUCAUUUUAACAGUGAGCUUGGCCUUUUAUGGAGUUUCGUAGGCGUUACCAAAUGCAAAUUGGCGAGUAGGAAGAAAACCAGUGUUUCUGAAAGUGAAAUAUUGACUCGUCAUGAGGCUUAAGCUUACCGUAUCGUACGAGCCUAUAUGCCACAAUGUACUGGGAUGCCGGAGUUCCUGUCCUUCUGGAUUGAUCAUUCAUCUACAUCACUACUCCAUCUCUUUAAAUGGUGCACAGAUACCCAUUGAUAAUCUUAAAGGUUACAACUGGCUGUUAAAGGUUACAACUGGCUUCAACAAAAGAAACAAUAACUUCUAAAUCAUCACUUUCCUUUUAUUUAACACAUGAAUGUUAUAUAUAACAUUUUUUCAUAGUAAUAUUAUCUUAUAGUAUUAUUCUAAAAUUUUAGACAGAAUAUUUGUAUUUCUUUUUCAAACAAUGGCCUUAAAACGCCAGCGUAGUCGGCAGAACAAACAAGACGACCAAGAUUUCUUUGGAAAUCUCACAAUUGGUCAGUCUGGGCCUGCCCCUAUACACUAUAUAAGAAAUAUGAGAAAGCGAAACUUUAUUUAGCAGAUGUGGGCAUACUCUAUACAGAUUUGAAAUCAUCACGACCAGCUAUAGUUAAACACAACGCUCAAGAGCAGCACGACCUUCCAAGGUAAUUGAGUCUUUUUAUUUUUUCCACAAUAUCAAUAUUGAACGAAAGGAACAUAUAAUUAUACAUAUAAUUCACAAGUACACUUUCUGAGUAAAAGGUUGCUAAAAUCUUGAACAAUGUAUUCUCAGUAGAUGUGAUUUACUUCAAACGGUCACAUAUUGAUUGUUUUUCUUUUUAUUUCGCCUAUGUAGCCUUCCCAUUACACAGAAAUGGGAAAUCGACAAUCCACUCCAUCUCCUUCCUCACAAGAUCUGUUUUUGCCAGUUCCUGAACCAACCGUGCUCCCGGAGCCUUGGAGAAAAAUGGACUGUGAAAGAGAGGAAAUACUGCACGAAGUGAAAGAAUUCAAGCCCAGCACCGAGGUCCUCAGAAUUGUGCUGUAUGGACCGACUGGAGUUGGGAAAUCAUCCUUCAUCAACUCAGUCCAGAGGGUCCUCUCAGGCCGGAACGCCAUGAUUGCUCUGGAAAACUCCACACUUACAGGAAAAAGCUUCACAAAAAAAAUGAACAUACACAAGCUGAAGAAGGGCCGAGGUGAGCGUUAUCCUCUGGAGAUCGUUGACAUCAUGGGGAUUGAAUCGACAGAUGGAGGAAUAAAACAUGAAGACAUCAUCAAGGCAUUUUUGGGACACAUUUCAGAUGAGUACAUCUUUAAUCCUGGGGCAGCCAUAACCGAUCACGACCCAAAAUACAAAAAGAACCCAACUUUGCGUGAUAAGGUUCACUGUCUGGUGUGCAUUCUGUCUGCGGACUCUGUUUCAAGAAUGGACGGCAAGGUCUUUGAUGAAUUGAGGCUCGUUCGAGAGAGUGCUAGCCUGUUGGGAAUCCCUCAAGUCAUCGUCAUGACCAAGGUGGAUAAAGCCUGUGAGACGGUUAGCCAGGAUUUAAAUGAAAUAUACUACAGCAAGAAGAUCAAAGAGAAGGUGGAUAAAUGCAAUGAUAACAUGGGCAUCCCAUUAAACGCCAUCUACCCUGUGAAGAACUACUCUGAAUCCAUCACCCAAGAUCUAGUAAUCGACAUGCUCCUCCUCACGGCAUUGAGAGAUAUUCUAAAUUUUGCCAAUGACUAUGUGGAAUGUGAGAUGGAAAAAGAUGAGUAG